AUGGAAUCGUGUCCACUUUCGUGCUCUCCCUUAGAAACGGAAGAAAAUGAACGCAAAGGCACAGCGCCAGCAUCUGGCGAUGCUGGUCACGAUCAUCACGACGAGCACGGAAGCUCAGAUUCCGAUUCACUACCACCAAAUAUGGACACGGUUCAGCCGGUGGAUCGUAUCCCCGAACGCCAGCCUAUCCUGCUACUGUCUUUAGACGGUGGAGGUAUUCGAGGCUUGUCGUCCAUAAUCAUCCUCGAACGGAUCAUGGCUGAAUUUAACAAAGAUCGAACGAUACCAUUGCAACCUUACCAAGUAUUCAGUAUGAUUGGAGGAACAAGUACGGGGGGGUUGAUUGCCCUUAUGCUUGGGCGGCUUCGGAUGACAAUCGAUGAAGUAAAGGAAGCUUACAUCGAUAUUUCACAAGAAGCAUUCAGGUCGAGCCGUUACCCCUUCGAUCCGAGGCGGAUUCUUGAUUUCUUCACCUUCCGGGCACGAUUCAGUGGAAAGGCACUCACGAAAGCAAUUAAAGAGACAAUCUCAAGAUCCGGCAAUAGCCCUGAGUGCAGAUUAUUAGAGUAUCGCGCUACAGCGCCAGAAAAUGGCUCUCUCGAAGAGCAUGGAGCAAGAAAGCAUGACUGCAAAACUUUUGUAUGCACCGUCCAUCAAGGCAAUGCGUCUCUGGCAAUCCUCAGCGACUACGAAUCACCUCACACAUUUGAAGACCAGCCCAGAGGCCUGAAAGUUUGGGAGGCUGCAAGGGCCACGUCGGCUGCCACAUCGUUCUUUCCUGCGAUGGAAAUACGCAGCAGCAACUUGAAGAUGGGCUACGUCGACAGCGGCGUUGUCAGUAAUAAUCCGAUCCAUACAGUCUGGAACCAGGCCCAUUAUUUCUGGCCUCUCGAUGAAUAUGAACUGUUCCUGCUUAGCAUCGGCACCGGAGUAUCUUCUGAUGCUAAGUUAAGCGGAGGCCUCAACAAAAUUACCAAGGCUUUGAUUAAACUGGCGACAGAAACAGAACGAACCGCCGACGAAUUCAGCGAGGACCAUCACCAUUUGAUCAAAGAGGAGCUCUUCUUUCGAUUCAACGUGACCCAGGGUCUCCAGGAUAUACAAUUGGAUGAGGCCAAAAAUAUGAACACCAUUGUAGAAGCGACAUUGGCAUACCUACACAAGCCUAUGGUAGCUAACAUGGUGACGAGAUGUGUGAAGAGAAUCAAGGAGAAGAUGUAA